AUAGUAACCUAACAUGAAUGUAAAUAAUAUCUUUAAAACUAUUACCAGAUCUCGAACAGCGAGUAUAUAUUUCAAAAGAUGGAGAAGCUCAGAAAAAGAAUUAGUAACUUACGAUCCUUUUCUCGCGAAACCAAAGAAAACUAAGGAAACUUAUCUAGAAGUGAUAAAAAUGUUUGAAGAACGAGAUACCAGGAGACGUGGUCACGUCGAAUUUAUUUACGCCGCUCUAAGUAGAAUGAAAGAGUUCGGAGUUCAGAAAGACUUAGAAGUAUAUAAAGCUUUAGUAGAUGUUCUGCCUAAGGGAAAAUUUAUACCAGUAAAUAUUUUUCAAGCAGAAUUCAUGCAUUACCCCAAACAACAGCAGUGUGCCGUUGAUUUACUGGAACAAAUGGAAGACAAUAAGGUAAUGCCGGAUUCAGAAAUGGAACAGAUGUUGUUAAACAUAUUUGGUCGACGAGGUAUACCACUUCGUAAGUUCUGGAGAAUGAUGUACUGGAUGCCUAAGUUUAAAAAUCUCAGUCCCUGGUACUUACCGGAGAAAUUACCUGUUGAUACAUUAGAAUUGGCAAAACUUGCCAUACAGAGAAUAACAUCUGUUGACCCGGAUACUAAAAUUGAUAUUUGGCAGACAGAAGAAAUAGAAGCUUCGUUAGACAAAACGUGGGUUGUAAGUGCUCAAAGUAGAACACAGCAAGUCCUGUUAGCCGAGCAGCCUCCAGAAGAACCACUUACAAUAAAAGGACCAUUUAAUGUCUAUUUAAAGGAUCAAGUGGUCACAUACUUCAUUCUUCUCGGAAAAAUCAGGCCAGAGUAUAAAGAUGAUACAGACCUAGAUGAUGUAUCAAAUAUUCAGAAGCCACCAGGUAUACCUGGUGUCAUUGGACGAGUAACAUUGCCUCAAGUUAAAUGCACAGUACAUGAACAAGAUGAUGGUACAAUAGUUUCAGUUUGUGCGACAGGAACAUCAUCAAGAGAUUCUUUGCUAUCAUGGAUCAGGCUAUUAGAAAAACAUAACAACCCGAUUCUAGCCAAUAUACCAGUUAUUUUUACUCUUGUAGCUCCUCCAUCAGAUGUUUCCUUAUUUGAUGCACAACAAGACAGUAAUGAGAAAAAGGAAGAAAACAUUGCUCCUAAAAAUUAAUUACAGCUUUGUAUACUUUAUAUGUUAUAUUUAUUAAUAUAAAAUGAUUUUCUGUU